AUGCCAGCCAUUGUACAGAUUGCAGAAGUAACCCUUUCCAUGCCUGUAAGUAAUACAUGGCCAGAGCCAGGUGCAAGUACUGUGAAAAGAAUAACAAGACAUGGGCUGGCUGUGAGAAAGUGGCAAACCACAAAAGAAAGAAGAAAGGUCAAACGGAGUCUACAGACAGCAAUGCCAAAAAGCUGUGAUGUGGGUUGCCAAGCAGAAAUUCAAAACUUCCAAAUUCUACAACCACAAGUUGGAACAUCCACUCGGGAUAAACCACUGGAGAGUAUGGAACCGGAGCACCCGUUAGAUUCUGAGGACACAGUGGAAGAUGAGGAAGUGGAAUUACAUACCGAGGAGGAGCAGAACAUGGAGGAUGUUUAUCACAUUUUUAACCGGACCGAAUGCAGUUCAGACAUUGAUUCAGCCUUGGGCUCAGAAUCGGAGGAUGAUUUCUAA